UGCAGAUCCCCAAUUCUCUCCCUUCAGCCCUCAAUCUAGGGUUUCUCUCGAUUCGAAAGUAACAAAAUCCAAUCCAGUGUUCUUCUUUUUUUAUUUUCUCUCCAUCCUAGUUGAAAUCCUCUUUGCUGUCAAAGAUGAACUCAACUCUUAACCAGUCGAGUUUUGAUUCUGACUGCGACCAGAUGGUCAGCACUGAAUCGAUUCCUCGUUUGAGCACCUCCGCGUAUGAAACACCUGAUUUCGGAUCUGGAGCCAAGAGGCAGAAGGUCAAAGAAGACGACAAGAAAGUCAAGGGUGGCGACGGCGAUGUGCUGGUGGAAACCGUAGAUGAUGAUGCUGACGAGAUUGAGGAUGGCGAUGAUGAAGAUGAUUUCAUGGAGGCCAAACAGUAUACCCCGAAGGUGACGAUCUGGGAGAGCUGUUCGGAAGAUGAUGAAGGCUUCCAACGCUACCUUAGUAAAGUUAUUGACAGCGAGGGUUUUGAUUUGGACGAAGACCCUCUAGAUGAGUACCCUUUCACUGGUUUCACGGUGUGUAGGGUCAACUUUGACCAUCCCGACCACGCCCAUCAUAAGGAAUUUGUUGCCAAGUGCAUCAAAACUGCUAUUCAGCAACAGCACGAACCUGUCUGUCAUUGGCUCAUUGUUCUGCUUUUCAUGAUCAGCUUCCAUUCUAAUUUUCCGCAUGCUAUCACAACGCUCUACUCUUCUAUUUUGCAGCUGACGUACGUUAAGACCUUGACUGCAAAUUAUGCGGUAGAAGUUGGUUACAUCUAUUUCAUUACAUUUAUGGCUAAGGAGAAUUCAUCAUCGGAGGUCAAAACCUACCAAACCGAGGUUUCACAUGACCUUUGGGGUGGGAUGGUGGUAAAUAAAUUCCGGGAGAAAGCCCAGUGAUCGAGGUAGCAUAUCAGGACUUAUUUUUUGGUUGUGGCAUUACUUUCGAAUCUUGCAUCAUUGGGAUUUGUUGGUUGUGAGUUUCCACAAGUGUUCACUAUUGAGAUGAAAUUAUAAGAUACAAUAUCUACCUUGGGCAGAAUCAAAACUUAUUUCUUCUCUUCAGUUUCUUAGUCA